AUACUAUAUCUAAUCAUCCAUGUUCAUACUCUUCACUUUUAGGUAAGAAGGAAAAUGAAUCACUCAUUUGAUAUCACUCUGAUUUUUACUGCAUACCAAUCUAUUGGCCCCCAAAAGUAUGUAUAUUUUACCAUUAUUUCAGCACUCUACAUUGCCUCAGUAUUUGCUAACAUGUUCCUAAUGCUUGUUAUCAUCUGGGAGUCAAGACUUCAUCAGCCUAUGUUCAUAUUCCUGUUUAAUCUGACCUGUAUUGGACUGUUUGGAAGCACUGCAGUUUGGCCCAAAGUGCUACAAAAUCUUCUGUCUGACACUCAGACAAGUUCCUAUGAGGGGUGUUUGUGUCAGGUGUUUAUAGUUAGUGUUUAUGCUACUGGUACUUAUUCUAUUCUAACUGUGAUGGCCUACGACCGUUAUGUCUCUAUAAUCAACCCUUUACGGUAUCAUACAAUAAUGACACCACAGAAAGUGAAACAGCUGUUGGCCGUGAGCAACCUUGUUCCCAUAUUCUCUGUGUCUGGUCAGGUAUGUCUGACAUCACGAGUGCCUUUAUGCAGACGAAGCAUCCAUAAGUUUUAUUGUGAAAAUAUCUCCGUCUCCAAACUGUCAUGUGUCACCAACUCACUGUAUCGGGCCAGUAGCUUAUAUGGUGUCUGUGUGUUUGUACUCUCUGUUGUUUUCAUUGCAUUUUUUGUGCUGCUCUCGUACAUUAGAAUAAUUACUGUAAGUUUGAAAGCAUCAGCUGAUUCCCAGAAGAAGGCCAUUUCGACCUGUGCUCCUCACCUGAUUGUUUUCAUCAAUUUCUCCAUGAGCUCGCUGUUCUCCAUCAUUUACAAUCAGUUUGUUUUUGUGUCAGAGGACAUGCACAUGUUUCUCUCCGUCCAGUUUGUUCUGGUUCCACCUCUUUUACACCCAAUCAUUUAUGGCAUCAAAAACACAGAAAUCAGGAAAUACCUGAUCAGAAAUACGAGAGCAGUUUUGUCAUAAGUUACUUGUUAUGUGAAAUCAGGGCAUAA